CCGGGGCCUUGGCGGUCGUGAGGCCUUGGGAGUCUGAGGUUCCGGGCGUCGGGAGUUCUGGGGGCUGAGACUGGGGCGUCUGAGGCCUGGGUGGUCCUGGGCCUUGGGAGUCUGGGGGCUUGGGUCUGAGGGCCGGGGCACCUUGGGCUUCUGAGGCUGUUGGGGUCUGGGCGGUAGGGUCUGGAUGCCCUGCUCCUGGGGGGAUUUGAGGCCUUGAAGUCUGGGAGUCCGAGGCCUCGGAAGCUUGAGGUGCUGGGCACGGGGGCCUGAGGAGCUUGGGUCUGGGUGUCCCGGGCCUGAGCACUGUUUUCCUGGUGGUUUCCAUCGAGAGGCUUUUGUUUACCGGGGUUGUUGCAGGCUGAGGCAUUGCCAAGGCCUGCUGUGGAGCCCUGAGGGGGAGUGAAGCCAGACCUGCCAGGAAGGGGGGGUUUGGGGAUGGUUUGGGUCUCGGUGUGUAAAGAGACAGGGCGUAAAGCAGGGAGUGGGCCCCCUCCGGGGAUGGGAAGGGGGCUCAGGCCUUUGUACAUCCACUUCUGAGCAGCUUCUUAGAAGAGACUAGGAGACCCUGAUGGGAGAAGGAUCCCUCAGGCACUGCCCAGUUGCCAGGGCACUGGGUCAGAGCAGUGAGGAGACAGCUGUGAGUGUCGGGCACAGUGAGGAGCCCACCUGGAGCCUCUCCAGGCCCCGUGCUCAGGGUUAUUUGGCACGUGGAGCCACGGAGGAAGGUGGUUUGUCCCGUUUGGAAUUGGUUACAGCUCCAUGUGCAGCAUUUGUAGGAGCCAGCGGGGAGCAGAGCGUGUGAGUUUCCUGUCUGGGUGUGCUCCCUGUGCCCUCACUCUUGUCUCUGCUGUGCCCCCAGGGCCUCCUCUCCCCUCCAGCAUGAGGAGCAGCCGCAGCAGCUCCUCCGUGCCGGGCGCUGGUGCUGCCGGGCUGGAUCUGAGCCUGACGGGGCUCCCGGUGCCGGUGUCCCGGCGUCCCGGCAGUGCCUCUCCCACCAAGCACCUGGCGCGCUCCGUCUCGGUCACCGCCGAUGGCAAAGCCAAGAGGAACACUCCGGAGGACGUGGGGUCCCGGGCCAUGAACAACCUCCGGAGGUCUAGCAGCACCACCCAGGUUCACCAGCGGGUGAACAGUGUCUGCAGCCCAGAGCAGACUGGAGACUUCCUGAGCUUCUUUGAGAGCAGUUCUGGGGGGAGAAAGAAGCCAGCAGGUCUGAGCAAAACUUCCCAGGAGAAGAAAACCACGUGGAACAUCUUGGAUGACCAGCCACGGGCAUUCCUGGGCCCCUCUGGCUCCAGCUGUGCUGAGCCACCAGUGGGAAUGAGGAGGAAAGAAGCCACUGUGCUCCUGGCAGCCAACUUCACUGCCAACAACAGGAGCAACAAGGGCGCAGUGGGCAACUGUGUCACCACCAUGGUGCACAACAACUACUGCACCGAGAAGGGCCCCGCGCCCAAGAGCUCCAACCAGGCGCCCAGCUCCCUCAACAACGUCAUCAAAGCCACCUCGAAUGAGGAGGGUGAGAGCAGCAGCUUGGUGAAGUCGCAGAAGAAUUUCUCCAGCAACAACAUCAUGACCUGCAACAACAACAGCAGCAGCAGGAGCAGCCUGCCCAGGAGGAACGAGGUGACUGAGGAGGAGGCAGAGAGGUUCAUCCAGCAGGUGAACCUGGCCGCCCUCACCAUCCAGCGCUGGUACCGGCGGCACGCGCAGCGGCGCAGGGCGGCAGCGGCGGCGCUGGGGCGCUUGUUGGCUUCCAAAAGGGAGGAAAGGCAGCAGCGGAUGGAGGAAGGGAAUAUCCUGGAUUUGCAGGAGAGGAAGGACGAGGAACGCCGGAAGAUCCGAGAGGAGAAGGCACGUCAGGCCCGACGUGCUGCCAUCCAGGAACUGCAUCAGAAAAGGGCCCAAAAGGCUUUGGACUCAAAGCACUUGGCAGAAGAAGAGCUUGUGCUGGUGAAGGAGAGCAGAAGGGUAGCAAAGAAGAAGCCUGCCAAACCCACCUCUGCCAGGAACGCCAGUCCAGCCAGCAGUGUCACCAAAGCCAAUAACACGGAGGCCAAUUUCCAAUCGGUAGCUGUGGAGCCAGAAGAAAACAGCCUGGCAGAGCUGGGCUCUGUGGCCUCCCGGGACCCUGGGGCAGAGGACACGCUGCAGGAUGUGAGCUCCAGAGAGACGGGCGGCGAGGAUCUGGAGACAGUGGUGACAGCUGCCAGCAGGGCACAGCCCAAGGGGACGCUCAACGAGCUGCUGGACACGCUCCGGCUGCUGGAGGAAGAGCCAGAGCUGCUGCCCCCACCAAAGCUCCUGAAGGACAGAUAUGCCUGGGCAGAGGGGCAGGAGCCCAGUUCCAAUUCCCUGACUGCUGAUAACUUGGAGAAGUUUGGGAAGCUGAACCACUCUCCGGGGGUCCCUGAGGAUGGGGCCCUGCUCUCAGAGGCCAAGCUCCAAAGCAUCAUCAGUUUCCUGGAUGAAAUGGAGAAGUCAGAACAGGAGAGGCCCAGGUCAGCUGCCUCGGCCACGCAGCGGGAGGGUCUCCUCUCGGAAGAGGAGCUGGCUCACCUGGAGCAGGCAUCGGCUGUUGCCACGGAGGUGACGAGCUCCAUCAUGAGGCUGAAGCUGGAAGUGGAGGAGAAGAAGCGAGCCAUCAGCCUGCUGCAGACUGCCCUGGCUCAGCAGAGAGAGCUGUCACUCCGGCACGUCAAACAGACUGAGAAGGAGCUGAGCCACCAGCUCAGGCUGCAGAGGGAGCAAUAUGAGGCAGCCAUCCAGAGGCAUCUGACCUUCAUCGACCAGCUCAUCGAUGAUAAGAAGGUGCUGAGUGAGAAGUGUGAGGCUGUGGUAGCUGAGCUCAAACAAGUGGACCAGAAGUAUGGCAAGAAGAUCACGCAGAUGCAGGAGCAGCAUGAGCUGGUCUGGCGCACUUUGGGCCCCUUUUGUGAGGAGAUUAAGAAGCUGAAGGAAGUGAUGACAGCGACCGAGAAAAUCCGGCGGGAAAAGUGGAUUGAUGAGAAAACCAAAAAGAUCAAAGAAAUCACCGUGAAAGGGCUGGAGCCAGAGAUCCAGAAGCUGAUUGCCAAGCACAAGCAGGACAUCAAGAAGCUGAAGAUGCUGCACGAGGCCGAGCUGCUGCAGUCGGACGAGCGGGCAGCGCAGCGCUACUGCCGGCAGGCUGAGGAGCUGCGGGGCCUGCUGGAGCGGGAGAGGGAGGAGCAGAGCCAGCGGGACCGGGAGCUGGCCCGGCAGCGGUGUGAGCAGCAGCGGGAGCAGGAGGAGCAGGAGCUGCAGCAGCAGCGACGCCGGCUCUACGCCGAGGUGGCCGAGGAGAAGGAGCGGCUCAGCCAGCAGGCGGCCAGGCAGAGAGCGGAGGCGGAGGAGCUGCGGCGGCAGCUGGAGGCCAGCAGCUCGGCUGUCACCAGGGCGCUGAAGGAGGAGUACGCCAAGGAGAAGGAGGAGCAGGAGAGGCGGCAUCAGGCAGAAGUGAAGGUGCUGAAAGACCGGCUGGAGAUGGAGAAGCAGGCCUGGGAGGCAAACUACAUGAAGAAGGAGGAAGCCUGGCUGCUGUCCCGGGAGCGGGAGCUGCGGGAGGAGGUGAGGAAGGAGAGAGACAAAGAGAUCGAGUUGGUGAUCCAGCGCCUGGAGGCUGACAUGUCCUUGGCCAAGGAGGAGUGCGAGAGGGCAGCGGAGAACAGGAUUAAGAGGAUCCGAGACAAGUACGAGGUAGAGCUCCAGGAGCUGGAGAGGUCGGAGCGCAAGCUGCAGGAUCGCUGCAACGAGCUGAAGGGGCGGCUGGCAGAGCUGGAAGGGGAGAGCGUCCGUCUGCAGGGCCUGCUGAAGCACAAGGAGCAGGAGGUGGAGGAGAUCCAGAAGGUGAGGGACGAGCUGGCCCAGGAGCGGAGCAGCCUGACGGAAGUGAUCCGGCAGGAGUUUGCUGACAGGCUGGUGGGCACCGAGGAGGAGAACAAGCAGCUAAAGGCAGAGAUGGCAGAGAUGAGAGCCCGGCAGCGCCUGGAGCUGGACAGGAUACUGAGGGAGAAGGACCAGGAGCUGGAGGAGGUUCACAGAAGGGUGAAGACAGCGGUGGUAAGGAAGGCAGAGAGUGUGAGCAGCCUUCGGAAGCACUAUGAAGCGGCCGUGCAGCGCGCCGACCGCCUGGAAGCCCUCCUGAAGCAACAGCAAAAGCAGCUGCUGGCCACCAAAUAACCAGUCAGGGCUGGGGGGGCUCUGGGGUGCCCUCCAGACCCCACUCGGGGGGAGCAGACACCCGUGGGUGUGGGGCUGGGCUCUCCCUUCCUUCCGUCCUCGUUUUCCACAGCCUGGUCCCUGUGCUGUGAGCCCUGCCAGAGUGCCUGGCUGGCCUCAGAUGUUUGGUGUUUUAGCAAUAAACCUGCGUUGGUUUCUA